AACAUGCCCGGGAUGCGUUCCCCCCAGCGGAAGAUCGCAGGCAGGCCGUUGACAGGUUGUUGAUAGGCCGCUCACUCCCCGCUGACCACCGCUAACCACCCCUAACCGCGUUGGAUUGCGCUCACGCGGGGGAGCCGCCUCGACUGACGAGCACAUCGCCGCGAAAAAUGGCGUCGAAGGAGCCAAGCCACGGCAACAGCAACAGCAACAGUAACAGCAAGAGCAACCUGUUCUUCCUGGCGGUGAGCAAAAACAAGGCAACGGUGUACGAGUACGACGUAAGCUUCAGCAGCUGCAUUGUUGAGGAUAUAGAGGAGCAGAUCAAACGGAGCGAAGCGGAUGGCGGGGUCCCCGGCGAAAGUGCGAAACGCGAGUGCGCUGAUGUGAAGGAGAGCAGGAGCAAUGGGACCCUGGCCGCAACGCACGCGAAAAAAACGGGGAACAAAUUCAACAACGACUUUGUGAUCAACCGGGGCAUUCGCAUUUACAAAGAGUUCGACGAUGUGGAGCUAGCCACUUGCACAAACGAUUAUAAAAAAAUAAUUCUGGUGAGGAAGGGCAACUUACACGUGGCAGAAGUGAUAGAGUUACAGGGGGAGACGAAUGGGUCUUCCUUUCAAAUCAGGGCGAAGACGCCCAUAAAGGCAAUUUGUAGCAGCCCUAAGGACAGCCACCUGGUGCUGUACUGCCAGUACAAGCCGGAGGUGUCAGCGCACAAUUUGUUCGUGUAUAGGGUUGGCGGGGUGGCUGGGAAGAAGAAGAAAAAGAAGAAAAAGGGGGAUGCCGCCGGCAAGGGGGGCCAGCGCGACGGCUCAGAGCAAAGCGAUGAUGAGUGCGGGGAGGGCGGCCAGAACGAGCAGCACGAUCAGCACAACCAGCACGAACUGCCCAACCAGCACAACCAGCACGAACUGCCCAACCAGCACAACCCGCUUAACGCUGUGGCUCCGCCCGUGCGCGUGGACACGCUGAAAAGCUACAGCAGCAAGACGUGGCCCUUCUACAAGUGGAGCGACAGCGAGUCCGUGUGUGCCCUCCGAAUGAACAGCAGCAUUUUUGUGUAUAAGGACAACGACUUCGCGUCCUACGUAAGCAAGGCGCAUUUUGAAAAUUUGGAAUUCUUUGACGUCUCCCCUGAGCAAAGUAAAAAAAAAGGAGUCCUCCUGGCGACAUACGAAAGAGGGAGUAAGGGCAAGCCAUCCGUUUUUAAAAUUUUUAAUUCGUCCAAUUUGCAGAGUCAUUUAUACACCAAGUCCUUUUUCAAUUCAGAUGAGAUGAAACUCAGUUGGAACAAAAAUGCCACUGCCGUUUUGCUAAAUGUACACACACAGGUAGAUAAGGAGAAGCAGUACUACUACGGACUUAGCAAUUUAUUUUUUAUAGAAACAGAAAAGUAUAGCGAAGUGAACAUAAUGACAGAUCGAGGCCAAAUCUAUGAUUGCAUCUGGUCGUAUAAUCAAAAUAAGUUUUACGUUUGCAAAGGAGACAUCCCAGCAGAAAUUGUUUCAUAUGACAGAUGUGCUAAUGUAGCUCAUUCGUUUGGAAGGCAUAAAUUUAACACCUUAAAAUUGAAUGGCUCUGAAAAGCUGCUUCUAACAGGUGGCUUUGGGAAUUUAAGUGGAGACAUCACCCUGUGGAAUACCUCCACUAAGAAGGAAGUCACAAAAACGAAAUCGUCAUGUGCAGUCGUCUGCGAAUUUUUUAAUGAUGGGAAGCAUUUCUUAACUGCUACGACUCACCCAAGACUUCGGGUGGACAACCAUUUGAAAAUCUUUACGCAUAAUGGAUUUAUCGUCAGCAGAAUAAAUUUUGAAGAAUUAUACAACGUUAUUAUUCUUCCCCUUAACAAGAUUAAAUUUUGUGAAACGGAUGCUUCUCUGGGUACCUACGUGGAAAACUCCAAUGCGCAGAUGUACAUACAUAAGCAGCUCGGGAUCGAUUCUAAGAAAACUGGCGUUUACAGGGCCCCUGGGACAUCUGCCGCGGCGAGCUUCACCCUAAAUGGGUUUAUGAAUGCCAAGAAGACUACGCAGAGGCUUAGCAAGCCAAAAACACCGGGCGCCAACUUCGUGCAGGAGCAGAAGAAGAAGGCCCCUCAGAAGAAGAAGAAAAAGAAGAAGAAUCAGCAAACGGGGGAGGGCGAUGCGGAGGCGGACACCCAGGAGAACGCCGAAGAGGACGCCCAGGAGGACGAACCGUAG